GGAACAUUCAAGUAGUUUUCCAAUUAUUUCUCAUUUGAAUAUUAAAGGAUGAACUCGACACACAUUUUAAUUUCAAUUUUUUUCUCAAUUUAUUUUCUACUUAAUCACGCAUUCGCUGGAUACUUAUUUCCGGCACCAGAAUGCGUAAAAACCGCAAAUGGUCAUUACGACAGCAAAAUGUUAAGUCCUGUAUCAAAUAUACUACGCUGUCGGGCAGGACAAAGAAUGAAAAUUGUAACUUCUACCAGUGCCGACAUAGAAACAGACUAUUGUUGUUGCAACUGGGAUGAGACACUUUCAGCUGUUCAAACUUCAAAAAAUGAACUGAAGUUUUACGCUAAUAGAUGUGAAUUUGGAGAUGGUGACUCAAAGAUGCCUAUUCGUGAGAGUUUAAUGGUUCAUGGAAAUGAUCUUAAUUGCUUUCGUGAAGAAAAAUUAAUGAGUUUUAAGGCUGAGAUUAAUGGGAAGAUACAAGUCAUGUCUUGCUGUAAGACCAUCCCUAGAACGACAACAACAACUACAACAACUGAGCAACCUAGUACAACUCAAACAGUCCCAUCCGAUUUCGAAAAUCAAAACAAAUCCGAGACCAGAAAAGAAGUUCAAUCAUUUGAUCCAAAUACAAACAUUUCUGAAAAUCAAGCUUCAGAGGAUCCAAAACCUCCUCAAAAUGAGACAACAGGAACUAAAAAUGCCACAAAUCAAUCUCAAGAAACCCAAAAAGACCAAAAAAUAACGCUCCUCGAGUCACAAAAAGUUGUAAUUUCAAUAAUGAACGAUCUUACAAAAACAGACAUUGAAGAUAUUGAUGAUGCAAUCCUAGAAGUUGAUACGUCACCAAUUCCACAUAUUAAGCUACGAGCUGCUUCAGCACAAUCUCCGAAUGUGAGAGCUGCAUCAGAAUGUGUAUAUGCAUCAACUACAUCUACAGAGCCAGUCAAAGGAUACAUGAGUUAUGAUGAACCUGGUGUCACUCUUGGAUGUCGUUCACAGCAGACUAUGAUCAGUCUUAAGACCAUAAAUCCAGAUGAUGGAAAUACUUAUAACAUUAAUUGCUGUAAAUUUGAUGCAAAACUUCCAAAAUUGAAUACAUUGCCAACAAUUUUAGGUCCUCCAUGUGAAUUUGAUGAUUAUGGAAUGCUACAAAGUUAUAGUGGUGUUAAACCUGGAUCAGAUCUGGUUUGUGACUCUAAUAGUGAGUUGGUUACACUUAAAACAACUGAUUUAGUAACACAAUCUGAUGUUAAGUUGGCUUGUUGUAAAUUAAAACCUACAACCGUGACACCUAAAAUAACUACAACAACUAUUUUUCCCAUAAGCCCAUCUAAAAAUGUUGUUGGCGCUGAGUGCGUAUAUCUUAGUGAUGGCUCAAUAAAAAUCAACUAUAUGGACUACUGUGAGGACAAGAUUUUAUGUCGAGCGCAGCAAUUUGUUAAAACACUCGUCAAAUCUGGAUGGGAUCGAUGUUGUUGUCAAUUCAAUAAAGAUUUGCCAUAUAAAGAUGCAGGAAUAAAAUUGAGAGCACCUGAUUGUGUUUUUAAACCUGAUGGAACAAUUCGUCGGUGGAGUUUGGUUGCAUCUGGAUCUGAUUUAUUUUGUGAUCCAGGAUUUAUAAUGAAAAAUGUUGUUUUCUAUGAAUAUGGAAAAGAUGAGUCGAUGUCAUGUUGUAUAAAGGAUGAACCAGAGACGACUACAAAAGUUGUGACAACAACCACUACUGCGAAACCUGUUGGAUUGACGACACAAGCUCCUAUUUUGCCAUUGGUUGGAACUCAAUGCUCUUACAAUGAAGAUCACACUUUAAAAACAGGUUUUAUGGAUGUCUGCUCAGACAAUUUUGCAUGCCGUUCAAAAGAAGUCAAACUUGAAGUUAUAGUCCCUAUAUCCGAAAGUGCUAAGGCUAAAAAAUGUUGCUGUGAUUAUCAAAAGGAUCUGCCACCGAAUGCACCCUCAGUUCCUUCAAUCAUUGCACCUAAAUGUGUUUAUGAUCAUGAAGGUAAUGUAAAUUUGUGGAGCGUUGUAGAAAGUGGAAAUGAUCUAGGCUGCAAGUCAGUUGACAAUAUGAUGACUUAUGAUCUUGGAAAUGAUAACAGUAAAAUGUCAUGCUGUCUCAAAAAGGAUGCAGUCACAAUUCCAACGACAAUCAGGACAACAAUUAUGUCAACUUCAACAACCGUUUUGCCAACAACAACGACAUAUUUACCAACAACUACAACAACUGCACCCGAGACAACAACAAUUCAAACUUCAACAACUCAAAUGACGACAACAACAACAAAUCCUUCAAGUUCAACCUACAGUCGUGUUCCAACAAAAGAUGUGAUUUUGAAAUCAGCAGCUUUAGAAUGUGUUUAUCAUAAAAAUGGAACCUUAAAUCUUGACUUUAUGAAUUGGUUCUCAAGCACUAUUGGAUGCCGUUCACAAUAUAUUAUGAGAAAGAUUCCUGUUCAGUCAUCAGAUAAUAAUAAAAUGUACACAAAAAUUUGCUGUGAAUACUCUAGUUCCUUGCCAUUUGAUCCAUUACUGCCACCAUUAAUUGCUCCAACUUGCUACUUUUCAUCCAGAACUUCAGAAAUUGCAAGAUGGAGCAUUGAACUGUCGGGUCCUGAUAUAAUUUGUAAUACUGGAUAUUAUAUGUAUAAUACAACUAUUUUAUGGAAUGAAAAAGACACUGGAUUCUCAUGUUGUCAACCGGACGGAAAACCAAUUCCAACUAUGAAGCCUGCAGCAACUACAGCUGCUCCAAGUCCUAAUCAAACAACAGCAAGUCCUUUAACUCCAUCAAACCAAACUGGACCCAUAUGCAGGUACAGUGCUGAAAAAUCACUGCUAAUUGAUUACAUGGAACUAUGUGGCCCAAGUCUCUUCUGUCCAUCAAAAUAUUCAGUCUUAGAACGAAAAAGCACAUUUACGAAUGGAAAUUCUGUCAACAUUUGCUGCUGUGAUUUACAACCAGAACUUCCUGAAACUCCACCAGUUGCAUCAGUUGACGCACUUAAAUGUCAAUUUGAUAUUUAUGGAAAUAUAAAUGUUUAUAGUGUUGUUAGCUAUUCAUCAAACCUUAUUUGUAGUCCUGGUGAUGAAUUGAGGAAUUUUACACUUGAAUUAAGUUCCAAAAUGCAGACAAUGUCAUGCUGUCUGUUUAAAGGAGAAACAACAGUUGCGACGACACCUAGAAUGACUGAUGCUCCAACAACUUCUGCUUCACAAGGUCCAGAUGAUCCUAAUGCAACAACAGAUGCUGGCAGCACAACCAUUGCACCAACAACAGUUUUCAAAGGAAAGAGGACAGCUCCAGCUAAGAAAUCCCCACCAAAACGAGCCAUCGGCCCUGGUGAAUGUCCAGACUGCUUGUAUCCUGCAUCUGGACCUGUAGACUCACUUCAGAUGAUUAUCCAGCAUUUAAAAGCUUCUGGACCAACUAUUGGUCUAUGUCCAUUUAAGACACAUACUUUACGCAUCAUUCAACCAUUGCCAUUUAUGGGAUACAAAGAAGGACGCUGCUGUUGUGAAAAUGACCAGUUUCCACUACCUUACAGCUUCAACUAGAGUUACUUGAGUUGAUCUUGUACUUUACUAAAUUUUUGAACUGAAAUCUUAACCAAAGCUUUAAUAAAAUUUGAAAAAUUCGGGAAUAUAUAAAGUAAAAUAAAACACUUCAAUUGAUACAAAGCUA